UUUUGUUACCACAUUCAAAGCAUUUACAUUAAUUAACAAACAAUUCCCUAUAUAUAUAUAAUUUCUUUCUUGUAAAAAUAAUAAUCAAUGGCAUCCAAAUUCAUGAAGUUGUCUUUGGCGGUGGCGUUGGUGGUGGUUUUGAUGACAUUGGCUGCACCCGAGGUGGAAGGGGUGACAUGUGGUGAGGUCGUGAGAGCUGGAGCACCGUGUCUCGGGUACUUAAGGAACGGUGGUGCUCCAUCAUCAGCAUGUUGUAGCGGGAUCAGAGACCUUAAAAAUAAAGCAAGAAGUACCGCUAACCGUAAGACCAUUUGUAGUUGUUUAAAGAGUGCUUCUUCGUCUUACCGUGGUAUCAGUGGGAAUUAUGCUUCUAGUCUUCCCAGUAAAUGUAGUAUCAACUUUCCGUACAAGCUUAGCCCUUCCACCGAUUGCAACAGAAUCCAAUGAGGUAGACAUGAUUGAUGAACCAAAAGUGUAGCAACCUUAAUUUUCGAUAUAAUUAGUGCAUGUAUUUCAAAUUUAAUAGUUAUGAUGAUUUCAUCCUUUGAAAUAUUGGGCGAUAUAAAAUUAGUGGCUAUCUUUCCCCUUUUA